AUGCGCGCCUCCGAACUUUCCCUCGUAGCACUGCUUCUAGGAGCUCAAGCUAAACAGAACGCCUUCACUAACCUCGAGGGCGAUGACGCCGACAGCAUCCUCGGCCCCGAUAAGGAUGGCAAGUACUGGAUCUAUGGCACGGGAAUAUCCGCAGGCUUUGUUCCUUACGGCGCCUCCAUCUCAAACUUCCUGAUCAACGACAAACACGGAAUUGAAAGGGACAUUGUCACAGGUUUUGACAACGCUACAUACUAUACGCUCGAUAAACAGCACGCACACUUUGGCGGUGUUCCAGGCCGAUAUGCGAACCGUAUCAGGAACAGCACGUUCGAGAUCGAUGGCGUCGAGUAUAACAUCCUCCCCAACGACAAUCCCACGGAUGGGUACCCCGACGGAGUAGAUACGCUACACGGAGGACCCAAUGGAUGGGACUGGAGGAACUUUACUGUGGUCGCUCAUACAAACAACAGCAUAACAUUUUCCAUCUUCGACCCUGAUGGCGAGCAGGGAUUCCCGGGUGAUGUGGUCUCGUACAUCACUUACACCCUGAACGGGAUGAACUGGGACUUUACCAUGGUGGCGUUACCGACGACGAAGAAGACGCCAGUCAUGCUGACCAGCCACGCGUAUUGGAAUCUCGAUGGCUUCGCGAAUACCGAGACGAACCUUGCGCUCAACCAUACUGUCCACGCGCCGUAUAGCACGGACCGGAUCGGCGUGGAUAGUAUCCUCAUUCCCACAGGAGAGAUACUUGCCAAUGAGGAAGGAUCUGUCAACGAUUUCUGGAGUGCUCCAAAGCAAGUUGGUGCAGAUUUUGAGAGCGAGAAUAUACUGGGUAACUGCGGGGAAGGCUGUAUUGGAUACGACAACUGCUACACCGUAACCCGCGAUGAAGGGAACCUCCUCAAUUGGCGCGAAAGCGGCUACGUCCUCCGUCUACACUCCGCCUGGUCCGGCAUCCGGCUCGAUGUUUACUCCGACCAAGAGGCCGUCCAGCUCUACUCGUGCAACUUCCAGGAUGGCACUACGCCUCUCAAGAAGACACAAGGCCUGAUCGAUGAACCCGAUUUCCCUAGGACUAUCCCAAAAUAUGGGUGCGUCGUGGUUGAGGUGCAAGAGUGGAUCGACGGCAUCAAUCAUCCUGAGUGGGGAAGGGAGGAGAAACAGUUUUUUGAGCCAGGCGGGCGGCCAUACGUAUUGCAAGGUAGCUAUAGGUUUAGCGUUGAUGAGGAUGAAUAG